AGCACAGUUCCUGCGUCCUCAUUGGACAUCGUGGGUAAUCCAAGCGCUGGAGUCCGAGUCUGCGCACUCGUUACCGGAACCGGCCUUGCAGGCCCUUCGGCGCCUGCGUAUUCGUGAAGUGUGAGAAAAGCGCGCGUCUGUUGCGGGAAAUCAGCCUUUCUAUUGGUCAGGGUUGGAAACCCCGCCUUUGAGGCAUUUUCAACCAAUGGAAGCGCGGCAUUUUUCAUUUAAACUGUCUAUAUAAAUUUCUGCUUAGUCAAAGUUAAGAGUGGCGCCAGGGAUUUGAACCUCGCUUACGAGGUUUGGUGAUCCAUCUUCUGAGUAUCGCCGGGAUUUUGAAUCGCGAUGAUCAUCCCCUCCCUAGAGGAGCUGGACUCCCUCAAGUACAGUGACCUGCAGAACUUAGCCAAGAGUCUGGGUCUCCGGGCCAACCUGCGGGCAGACAAGUUGUUAAAAGCCUUGAAAGGCCACGUUAAACAUGAGGCAAGAAAAGAAAAUGAGAAUCAGGAUGAAAGUCAAACUUCUGCAUCCUCUUGUGAUGAGACUGAGAUACAGAUGAGCAACCAGGAACAAGCUGAGAGAGAGCCAACUGGCCAUGUCACCAAAACAAGGAGAAGGCGCAGGACUGUCCGUGUGGACCCUGACUCGCAGCAGAAUCAUUCAGAGAUAAAAAUAAGUAAUCCCACUGAAUUCCAGAAUCAUGAAAAGCAGGAAAACCAGGAUCUCAGAGCUACUGCAAAUGUUACUUCUCCACCAGAUGAGCACCAAGGAGCUGAGAAUGCUGUUUCCUCAGGUAACAAAGAUUCAAAGGUACCUUCAAAAAGAAAGAAAUCUGUCUACACAGAUGAGUCAUCCAAACCUGGAAAAAAUAAAAGAACUGCAAUCACUACUCCUACUCCAAACUUUAAGAAGCUUCAUGAAGCUCAUUUUAAGGAAAUGGAGUCCAUCGAUCAAUAUAUUGAGAGAAAAAAGAAACAUUUUGAAGAACACAAUUCCAUGAAUGAUCUGAAGCAGCAUCCCAUCAAUAAGGGAGGGGUCAGGACUCCAGUACCUCCAAGAGGAAGACUCUCUGUGGCUUCUACUCCCAUCGGCCAACGACACUCGCAAGGCCGGUCUUGUGGCCCUGCAAGUCAGAGUACCUUGGGUCUGAAGGGGUCACUCAAGCGCUCUGCUAUCUCUGCAGCUAAAACAGGUGUCAGGUUUUCAGCUGCUACUAAAGAUAAUGAGCAUAAGCGUUCACUAACCAAGACUCCAGCCAGAAAGUCUGCACAUGUGACCGUGUCUGGGGGCACCCCAAAAGUUAUUACCCCAUUCAAGUUGACAACUGAGGCAACGCAGACUCCAGUCUCCAAUAAGAAACCAGUGUUUGAUCUUAAAGCAAGUUUGUCUCGUCCCCUCAACUAUGAACCACACAAAGGAAAGCUAAAACCAUGGGGGCAAUCUAAAGAAAAUAAUUAUCUAAAUCAACAUAUCAACAGAAUUAACUUCUACAAGAAAACUUACAAACAACCCCAUCUCCAGACAAAGGAAGAGCAACGGAAGAAACGCGAGCAAGAACGAAAGGAGAAGAAAGCAAAGGUUUUGGGAAUGCGAAGGGGCCUCAUUUUGGCUGAAGAUUAAUAAUUUUUUAACAUCUUGUAAAUAUUCCUGUAUUCUGAACUUUUUUCCUUUUGUAAAUUUUUUUUUUUAUGUCUUCCCCACUUUAGUCACGAGAUCUUUUUCUGCUAACUGUUCAUAUUCUAUGUAGUGUCCACGUAUGUAGUAUCCGUGGGUUCUUCAUGGGCUACAAUCUCUGAAAAGACAUUAUCACCUUAAAGCUCACAUUCUUUGGGAUAGUUUUUACUUAAGUCCCUAUAAAUUCAGGUUUCUAAUGAGACACAUCCUAAAAUUCUGUUCCUAGAUUUUUAAUGUUAAGUUUCCCCUGCUGGUUCUAAUAUUAAUAGAACCGCAGUCUUCUGCUAGCCUAUAGCAUUUAUCUAAUGGCAGCUAGUUAUACAAGCUUCAGGAGAAUUUAAACAAUAACAAGAAUAGGGUAAGCUGGGAUAGAAAGGCCACCUUUUCAGUCUCUAUAGAAUAUAGUAACCUUUAUGAAACGGGGCCAUAUGAUUUGGUUAUGACAUCAAUAUUUUACCUAGGUGAAAUUGUUUAGGCUUGUGCACCUUUGUUCAAAUAGCCUCAUGUAAUUGCCAUCUGUCACUCACUAUAUUUGCAUAAAUAAAACUCCACAACUCAUUCUAACAUUGCUUACUUGAAAGCUACAUAGUCCUAUCGAAAUGUGAGGAUUAAUGCUUUAAUGCUUUUAGAGACAGGGUCUCACUAUGUUGCCCAGGCUGGUCUCAAACUCCACCAAAUAAAUGUACUUCUUACUCAUUUUAUGGAAAAGACGAGGCUUUGCUUAGUAUCAUGUCCAUGUUUCCUUCACCUCAGUGGAGCUUCUGAGUUUUAUACUGCUCAAGAUUGUUAUUAAUAAAAUUUUUUCUCAUUGU